AUGGUUCAAGCUUUCGACUUCAUCCUGAAGGAUUGGGCAGUCUUGAAGUGCGCCGCGCAGGCAGUAUUGGAAGAGACCGGUGGUCUCCCUGAUUCUUGUGGCAAACACAAGGAGAAUCAAGAUGUGGAGGGCGAUGACCAGGCCGCGACUGGGUCAGAAGAUGGGGAGGAAGAGGCAGCAGCUCCUUCAAGCAGCAAACAGCAGCAGCGGCGGUGGUCGAAAUCAGCCCUUUACGCCGCGUACCGCGGCAAAGGCCCUCAUUUGAUGACGUUUGACUUUUUGCACGACAACGAGUGCAGGGACCAUUUGUGCAUCAUCCAUGGGGUCGGCCAAAGGCUCCACUGGCGUUACGUCCAAGACCUUGAUGCGCAGAAGACGCGCAUUGAGCGGCUGAGUUGGGCUGCGCAAAGAUCCAGUGUCGGAUCCAGCAUCACAACGGUGCUCUCCAUCCUUGAGGUGCUGUCCACCGAGGCGUUCCAGAAACGACUUGGAUUGCUGCCAAAGGUGCCAGGCACGGUACUCUUUGCGACCGACCCGAUUGUGCAGCACGAUGUUGAGAUGAUGAGACUUGCAACCAAAUUCGCCAUCAAUGUGGCUUCCAACUUUUGCUGGUCGGAACAGCUCUAUGCCUGGACCCUCCCGGUGGGAGCUGCAUCACUUCUGGCAGAAAGUCAUGCCCAGCGCGAAGCUGCAAUGCUCCAUCUAAAAGCAAUGGUGGAAGCUUUGGUGAAGGCAGAAGAGCUCAUCAAGACCCGGAAAGCCCCGGUUGGUCUUGGCAAAGUCGUCCAAGACAUUGGCUGGACUUCUGAAUGCCUGGCACGGGAAGUCAUGGCGAUGCUUCACGCUUCUGGCUUUGACCAGAAGCAUGCACACGAUGUUCAGAGGCUGAUGUGGAGGGUGCAUAGCGGCUCUCAUAGCACCCAGGCGGUUCUUGAGUCCACAUUUGCACAUCUGAGGGAUGUCACUCAGCGACACGCGAAGAAGUCCACGAUAUCGCCGUACUCCUCUUGGCUGUACGCCUCGGCGAGUCCUUUUCUGUCAGAGUCUGGCAUGGAUGAAGUACUUCCGAGCUCAAGCGAUUUCCUGCGGUACUUCGGUCAGAAGCGAAAUGCAGACAGCCGCCAGAUGGUGGCGUACAACCAUGCCUUCAAGCCGGAUUCCAGCAAGUUCCCGGAAGCUCAGCACGUUGCUCUUCCGAAGACCGCCGCAGGUCUUGCCAAAGCCACUUGGAGGAGUGCAGGGCCACUGUCUCACUACAAGGCCUCUGCCUGCAUGGCUUACUUGGUCGCAGACGCAGCCAAUCACUUCGAGAAUGCGUCCAAGUGCUGGUGCGGUGUGGACUAUUUGGUGCUUGACAGAGCCACGGCAAAACUUCAGUACCACUGCAACCACAACAUUCGCGCAACAGGGCCGUGGAAGGCGGCCCGUGUGACGGCUUGCCCAGCCUCAAUGCUGCCGAUUGGGGCAAACUUCGCUUGGCUGGUGAAAGAGUUGGAGAUCCUUGGCCAAUCAAGGCAAUUCUUUCCGGGCGUUGGUGCCAAGAAAGAAACUGUGCUGGUUGGGUUUUUGCAGGCCCAUCCUGGGUUCCUGAGGUGGCCAUUGAGGGUGGGCCUCUGUGAGAAGGCUGUGCCCCUGAAACUGGAUGAGGUGAAGCAAUGCUGCGUGAUGUUGCGGCUCAGGCCAAAACCCGGUACAGGAUCGGGGAAGAAUGGAAAUUUGAUCAAGCGAGACUGGACGACACUCCUAGUGAAUGCGGUGUGCACAGGUGUCUCAGAGCAAGAGCGCAAGGACAUUGUUGACAGCAUCUGCGGGACAUUGAAAACACCGGUUGAUGUCGAAGUGCUCUGUGCAAUGUCUUGCUUAGACCCUGAAAACAGUCAAGCCUUUGAGAAAUUGAAAAAAAUGGCAAUGGAAAGCUUGGAAACCAAGCUGUGGGGAAGUGCCGAGAAGGCCUCUCAGGCAGCCAGCAAGAGCAAGGAAGAAGUCCAGAACCAGAUGGACCGAAAAGUCCCGGAGUUUAAAGCGGCCCACCAGGCCGAGAAAAAAAGCUCUAAUGAGAAGCAGUACGACCUGACACCGGCAGACCUCAAGGAGCUCUUGCCAUCCACGGCUGGUGUGCGUGGAUUGUUCUGGAUGAGAUACCACCCGACAGAAAAAUGGUUUCGAACGACCUACCCCUCGUGUGCUCCAGCGCUCCAAUCAUGUCAAAGGUCAUGGCCAACGCGCAAUUGCGCGAAUGCGUUGGACGCCUUGCGGGCAACCCUGGACUUCGUGUACGUCCGGUACAAUGCCGGCCAUGCUGAGAACAAGCAAAAAAUGCCAACUUAUGCUGAUUGCCAAGCCCGCCUUGACCAGGACAUCGAAGAUGUGGUCUGUCAUGUGGUCUACUCUCAGGCCAGAGGCCAACUGGAUUCAAUGCAGUGCUCCAAGAGCUACCUUGACCAGAACAGCUGGUCUGAUUUGAAUGCAAAGGCGUCAGUAGCGGUCGGCCAACUGGAUUCAAUGCAGUGCUCCAAGAGCUACCUUGACCAGAACAGCUGGUCUGAUUUGAAUGCAAAGGCCAUCCGGGAUUCCAGUGACAACAGGCAGAUUGAAACAAUCUGGACUUGGAUCUCCAAAGACGGGGAAAAAAAUCAGCUUCAGCUGAGCUCGGCUGAGCUUGCAGGGAUUUGA